UUGAUGACUUCAGCGAGGAAUCAUCAUUUUAUGAAAUUCUUCCUUGUUGUGCCCGUUUUCGCUGUGGUGACCUCAUUGUGGAAGGCCAGUGGCAUCACCUAGUUCUGGUCAUGAGUAAAGGCAUGCUAAAGAACAGCACAGCUGCGCUCUACCUUGAUGGACAGCUUGUUAACACUGUAAAGCUUCACUAUAUUCAUAGUAGCCCUAGUGGGUCUGGUUCUGCCAAUCCACCUGUAGUCAGCAGUGUUUACGCCUAUAUUGGCACACCACCUGCACAGCGCCAGCUGUCUUCAUUAGUGUGGCGUUUGGGCCCUACACAUUUCCUGGAGGAAGUUUUGCCUGCCCCAGGUGUUAGCACCAUUUAUGAGCUGGGACCAAAUUACGUCGGAAGCUUUCAAGCAGUAUAUGUACCAUGCAAAGAUUCGAAGUCUGAAGGAAUCAACCCAUCUCCAGUAUCCUUGGUACCGGAAGAGAAGGUCUCUUUUGGUCUCUAUGCACUGUCAUUGUCUUUCUUUACAGUGGCAAAAAUAAGGAAAGUUUACAACAAGUUGGAUAGUAAAGCUAUUGCCAAACAGCUGGCAAUUUCUUCUCAUGAAAAUGCCACACCUGUGAAGCUGCUACAUAACUCAGCAGGGCAUUUGAAUGGACCAGCGCGCUCCAUUGGUGCAGCUUUGAUAGGAUAUUUAGGAGUAAGAGCAUUUGUCCCGAAGCCUGUUGCCACUACACUGCAGUACAUUGGUGGAGCUGCUGCUAUUUUGGGACUUGUAGCCAUGGCAUCAGAUGUAGAAGGGUUGUAUGCAGCUGUGAAGGCCUUGGUCUGUGUGGUAAAGAGCAAUCCACUAGCCAGCAAAGAAAUGGAAAGAAUCAGAGGUUAUCAGUUGCUGGCAAUGCUGUUAAAGAAGAAACGAUCCCUUCUGAACAGCCACAUACUCCAUCUGACCUUUUCCUUGGUGGGAACUGUCGAUAGCGGGCACGAGACCUCCAUUAUACCAAAUUCUGCUGCCUUCCAGGAUCUGCUCUGUGAUUUUGAAGUCUGGCUUCAUGCACCAUAUGAGCUUCAUCUGUCAUUAUUUGAGCACUUCAUAGAACUUCUCACUGAGUCCAGUGAAGCGGCAAAGAACGCUAAGUUAAUGAGGGAAUUCCAACUCAUCCCAAGACUGCUCUUGACUCUUCGAGAUAUGUCUCUGUCCCAGCCUACUAUUGCUGCGAUUAGUAAUGUGCUGAGCUUUCUGCUUCAAGGCUUCCCUAGCAGCUAUGAUUUGCUCAGGUUUGGACAGUUCAUCUCUUCCACUUUACCUACAUUUGCAGUCUGUGAGAAGUUUGUGGUCAUGGAAAUAAACAAUGAAGAAAAGCUUGACAGUGGAACAGAGGAUGAUUUUGGAGGACUUGUUUCAGCUAAUCUUAUUCUACUGCGGAACAGGCUUUUAGAUAUCCUUCUGAAACUUCUGUAUACAUCUAAAGAAAAGACAACUGUUAAUUUGCAGGCUUGUGAAGAACUGGUCAAGACACUGGGUUUUGAUUGGAUUAUGAUGUUUAUGGAAGAACAUCUGCAUUCCACCACGGUCACAGCAGCCAUGCGAAUUCUUGUGGUCCUGUUGAGUAACCAGUCCAUCCUUAUCAAAUUUAAGGAGGGUCUCAGUGGCGGAGGCUGGCUCGAUCAGACGGAUUCUGUCUUGACCAAUAAGAUUGGUACUGUGCUAGGGUUCAAUGUUGGCAGGAGUGCUGGUGGCAGAUCGACAGUCCGGGAGAUUAACCGGGAUGCUUGUCACUUCCCAGGCUUUCCUGUUCUGCAGUCUCUCCUCCCAAAGCACACUAAUGUACCUGCACUCUAUUUCCUCCUCAUGGCCCUUUUCCUGCAGCAGCCGGUCACUGAACUGCCCGAAAACCUGCAGGUCAGUGCACCUGUCAUCAGCAGCCGAUGUAAUCAGGGUUGCCAGUUUGAUUUAGACUCUAUUUGGACAUUCAUAUUUGGAGUUCCUGCCUCCAGUGGCACCGUUACCUCCUCAAUACACAGUGUUUGCACAGAAGCUGCCUUCUUGUUACUGGGAAUGCUGAGAAGCAUGCUGAAUUCCCCUUGGCAGUCAGAGGAAGAAGGCUCUUGGCUUCGAGAAUAUCCAGUCACCUUGAUGCAGUUCUUUCGAUAUUUGUAUCACAAUGUGCCGGACCUCAUUUCCUUGUGGAUGAGUCCAGAGUUCCUGUGUGCGCUGGCAGCAACAGUGUUUCCUUUCAACAUACGACCUUACUCUGAGAUGGUCACUGAUCUUGAUGAUGAAGUUGGGUCCCCAGCUGAAGAGUUUAAAGCCUUUGCAGCUGAUUCGGGCAUGAACAGGAGCCAGUCAGAAUACUGCAAUGUUGGCACCAAGACAUACCUAACCAACCAUCCUGCCAAGAAGUUUGUGUUUGACUUCAUGCGUGUGCUGAUAAUUGAUAACUUAUGUCUCACACCAGCCAGCAAACAGACUCCACUGGUAGAUCUUCUGCUAGAGGCUUCCCCUGAAAGAUCAACACGAACGCAGCAGAAGGAGUUUCAGACGUACGUUUUGGAUGGAGUGAUGGAUCACUUACUCGCAGCUGAUGUUUUAUUGGGCGAAGAUGCAUCUCUGCCUAUAACGAGUGGAGGAAGCUACCAAGUGCUGGUGAACAAUGUGUUUUAUUUUACGCAGCGUGUGGUAGAUAAGCUUUGGCAGGGCAUGUUCAACAAAGAAUCCAAACUUCUUGUUGACUUCAUAAUCCAGCUCAUUGCACAGUCAAAAAGAAGAUCUCAGGGACUAUCGCUGGAUGCUAUUUAUCACUGCCUGAACAGGACCAUCUUGUAUCAGUUCUCAAGGGCACACAAAACUGUUCCUCAGCAAGUGGCUCUCCUUGAUUCCCUAAGGGUCCUUACUGUGAACAGAAACUUAAUUUUGGGACCUGGAAAUCAUGAUCAAGAGUUCAUCAGUUGCCUAGCUCACUGCUUGAUUAAUCUGCAUGUGGGAAGCAACGUUGAUGGGUUUGGAUUGGAAGCAGAAGCCAGGAUGACAACUUGGCACAUUAUGAUCCCCUCUGAUAUAGAACCAGAUGGAGUCUACAAUCAAGAUGUCAGCGAAGGUCGCCAGCUUCUUUUAAAAGCCAUAAACAGAGUGUGGACAGAGCUGAUCCAUAGUAAAAAACAGGUUUUAGAAGAAGUUUUCAAAGUGACGCUACCUGUCAAUGAUCGUGGACAAGUGGAUAUAACUGUUGCAAGACCUUUUAUUGAGGAAGCAAGUUUAAAGUGUUGGCAAAAUCAUUUGGCUCAUGAGAAGAAAUGCAUCAGUAGAGGGGAGGCUUUGGUUCCAACCACACAGUCCAAACUUUCACGAGUUAGCAGUGGGUUUGGCCUCUCUAAACUAACUGGCUCCAGAAGAAACCGCAAGGAGAGUGGACUCAAUAAGCACAACCUCUCUACACAGGAAAUUUCCCAGUGGAUGUUUACUCACAUUGCAGUGGUUCGGGACCUGGUUGAUAUGCAGUAUAAAGAAUAUCAGGAGCGUCAGCAGAAUGCAUUAAAAUACGUGACAGAAGAGUGGUCUCAAAUUGAAUACGAGUUACUACGAGAGCGAGGUUUGUGGGGCCCCCCCAUUGGCUCCCAUCUUGACAAGUGGAUGUUGGAGAUGACUGAGGGUCCCUGCAGAAUGAGGAAAAAGAUGGUGCGAAAUGAUAUGUUUUAUAUUCAGUAUCCCUACAUGCCUGAAGCUGAGCAAGAAACCAACUUGCUGUCUGACUUCUCAAGUAGACUUCCUGAGACAUCUGAUGAUACCAUUCCUCAAAAGAAACCUGCUCGUUACCGAAGAGCUAUAAGUUAUGACAGUAAGGAGUACUACAUGCGCCUGGCUUCUGGAAACCCUGCAGUCUUUCAGGAUGCUAUAGAAGAGAAUACAGUGGGUGAAACAACUCAGCAGGAGCCAGAACACGGGGAGGACACUAUUGCAAAAGUCAAAGGCCUGGUGAAGCCUCCGCUGAAACGAUCUCGCUCUGCUCCUGAUGGAGGAGAUGACGAGAACCAGGACCAAUCGCAGGAUCAGAUUGUUGAGGGGAGUUCGAUUGAUGAAGAGGAGAAGACUGACAAUACAACUUUGCUUCGACUUCUUGAAGAAGGAGAGAAGAUUCAGCAUAUGUACCGCUGUGCUCGGGUUCAGGGCCUUGACACCAGCGAAGGGCUGCUUCUCUUUGGGAAAGAGCACUUCUAUGUCAUUGAUGGAUUUACCAUGACAGUGACCAGAGAAAUACGGGAUAUUGAGACACUGCCUCCAAAGAUGCAUGAGCCAAUUAUACCUAGGGGAGCAAGGCAAGGUCCAAGUCAACUCAAAAGAACAUGCAGCAUUUUUGCAUAUGAAGAUAUCAAGGAAGUACAUAAAAGGAGAUACCUUUUGCAGCCAAUUGCAAUUGAAGUUUUCUCUGGAGACGGACGGAACUAUCUUCUAGCUUUCCAAAAAGGGAUUAGAAACAAAGUUUAUCAAAGGUUUUUGGCUGUGGUGCCAUCUCUAACUGACAGUUCGGAGUCAGUGUCUGGGCAGAGACCAAACACCAGCGUAGAACAAGGGUCUGGCUUGCUUAGCACUUUAGUGGGAGAAAAAUCUGUUACUCAAAGAUGGGAAAGAGGAGAAAUCAGUAACUUCCAGUACCUGAUGCACUUAAACACUCUGGCGGGCAGAUCCUAUAAUGAUCUCAUGCAGUACCCUGUCUUUCCCUGGAUCCUCGCAGACUAUGAUUCAGAGGAACUAGAUCUUAUGAAUCCCAAGACAUUCAGAAACCUGGCCAAGCCCAUGGGAGCUCAAACAGAAGACAGGUUAGCCCAGUACAAGAAGCGAUACAAAGAUUGGGAAGAUCCCAAUGGGGAAACUCCAGCUUAUCACUAUGGGACCCACUAUUCAUCGGCCAUGAUAGUGGCUUCUUAUCUUGUCCGGAUGGAGCCUUUUACUCAGAUUUUCUUACGGUUACAGGGCGGUCACUUUGACCUGGCUGACCGAAUGUUUCACAGCGUACGGGAGGCUUGGUAUUCAGCGUCAAAGCACAACAUGGCAGACGUGAAGGAGCUCAUCCCGGAGUUCUUCUACCUCCCUGAGUUCCUGCUCAAUUCCAACAAUUUUGACCUAGGUUGUAAACAAAAUGGCACUAAACUUGGCGAUGUAAUACUCCCCCCAUGGGCAAAAGGAGAUCCUCGUGAAUUUAUCAGAGUUCAUCGGGAGGCUCUGGAGUGUGACUUUGUGAGUGCACAUCUGCAUGAGUGGAUUGACUUGAUCUUUGGCUAUAAACAGCAAGGUCCUGCUGCAGUAGAAGCUGUAAAUGUCUUUCACCAUCUCUUCUACGAGGGGCAAGUGGACAUAUAUAACAUCAAUGAUCCAUUAAAAGAGACAGCUACCAUAGGAUUCAUUAAUAACUUUGGACAGAUACCAAAGCAG